CUUUAUUCUGCCCCGUCAGCCUCUUUACCCGCCCGUCUUGCCCUGCUGCUCAAUUCCCUUCUCUUCCCGUGUAUGUAAUCGCAGUACACACUUUCGAGAGAAGUAUUUCUCUUUGACGCUCCUUUCCUCCUUUUCUUCCAACCUCAAUACCGGCAUUGCGGAGAGUUGCAGCGGCUCCUCCUCCUUACCUAAAGUUAUUCGGGUCCCGUAAUCCACCCUCGAAUCUCACGAACACGAUACUUGGCGCAUUGCGACACCCCCGAGAUUAGCUUCUCGCCUGGCGACGGUUUCCGACCUUCUUCACUACCGACUUCGCCUGCGGCCUCGGAUCUGGUUACGUGAGCUUCACCAUGCCGGCAAAAUCGCGCUUUACGCGCCUCGAUGCGUUUACGAAGACUGUGGAGGAUGCGCGAGUGCGGACGACGUCGGGCGGAAUAGUCACGAUAACGAGCCUGCUGGUGAUACUGUGGUUGGUGUGGGGCGAGUGGGCAGAUUACAGGAGGGUGGUCGUGAGGCCGGAGCUUGUGGUGGACAAGGGGAGAGGAGAGAAGAUGGAGAUUCAUAUGAACAUCACGUUCCCGCUGAUGCCGUGCGAGCUGCUGACGCUGGAUGUUAUGGAUGUGUCGGGGGAGAUACAGAGUGGGGUGCAGCAUGGAGUGAAUAAAGUGAGGUUGGCGCCUGUGUCAGAGGGAAGCCAUGAUAUUGAGAGUAAAGCGCUGGAUCUCCACCCCGACGACCCGGCCUCCCACCUCGACCCCGAGUAUUGCGGUCAAUGUUACGGCGCUCCUCCCCCCACCGAUGGUCGCAAAGCCGGCUGCUGUAAUACCUGCGACGAAGUGCGCAACGCAUACGCCAGCAUAUCAUGGUCCUUCGGGCGCGGCGAGGGCGUUGAGCAGUGCGAGCGCGAACACUACGCCGAGCACCUCGACGAGCAGCGCAAGGAAGGCUGCCGCAUUGAAGGCGGAAUUCGCGUCAACAAAGUCAUCGGCAACUUCCACAUUGCUCCCGGAAAAUCAUACUCGAACGGCAACAUGCACGUGCAUGACCUCGAGAACUACUUCAAGGAUGAAGCCGAUCACUCUUUCACGCAUACCAUCCACACACUCCGCUUUGGCCCGCAACUCCCCGACGCGGUCAUCGCGCGCAUGGCGACGAGGGGAUCCGCGUCAGGCGCUGGAGCGUGGACGAAUCAUCACCUCAACCCCCUCGAUGGGACGGAGCAGAAGACGGGCGAGAAGGCGUUCAAUUUCAUGUACUUCAUCAAGGUCGUUAGCACGGCGUACCUGCCCAUCGGCUGGGAAAAGGAAGCCGCAGUGCAGAACAAGAACGAUGUCAUGGGUGGUGGUAUUGAUGCGGGCUACAAGGGCAGCAUCGAGACGCAUCAGUACAGCGUCACGUCGCACCAGCGGAAUCUAGGUGGUGGCAACGAUGCGCAGAGUGGGCACAAGGAGAGGAUUCAUGCGCGGGGUGGAAUACCAGGUGUCUUCUUCUCCUACGACAUCUCCCCAAUGAAAGUCAUCAACCGCGAAGCGCGCAGCAAGACUUUCUCCGGCUUCCUCGUCGGCUUGUGCGCAGUCAUCGGCGGCACCCUGACCGUUGCGGCAGCCGUGGACCGCGCGCUGUACGAAGGCGUGCAAAGGGUGAAGAAGCUGCACCAGGGAUGAUUUCUUAUAGAACGUAGCAUGGCUUGGCGGAGUUAGGGGGUUUAUCUAUUUUCAAGUCAUAAAAUCUCAGUCUUCAUUAUGUAUUUUAAGACGCAACGAGUGGGGAGGCUUGAAUAUAUGGAGAUGUGAACUAAAGCUUAAUGACGAUGAAUUUGCU